UCUUCUCCUGUUCCGUGCGCGCUUCAGGGCAUGCGCAAUUGUAUUUUUUAAAAACUUUCUUUUUUUGCUCUCGCGCGGUGACGUAGAGGUCGCGCACUGUAGCUUGAAGUUUUGUUGCUGGCGCGUGCGCCGAACCCUUCGGUGCGGAAUCAAGAGGGGUUGGUUUGGUUAUGUUGUCGCCUCUGCGGUCGCUUUACCAUUAGCAAUACUAGCGGCUGCUUUUUAAGCAAGGGAGCUGCUGAUGGAGCCCGCCCAUGGCGCAGAAGCUGAACUAGAAACUACCAGGAAGCAGCUGAUCCUGGCAUUGCUUUAAAAAUGCUUCUGCUUCUUCCAGAAUGGUUCCAGUGCAGAUACUUGAGGGGGACGAGCUCUGUUCACUCAUCUGGAAUUGUUUGUGUACUUCUGCUGUUCCUUCUUAAAAAGGAUAUAUUAGAGCCAGAAAAGUACAACCAAAAUGUCCAAGAGGAAGCAGACCUCAGACAUGUAGAGAAGGAUGUUUUGAUUCCAAAAAUGAUGAGAGAGAAGGCCAGAGAGCUAUGUUCUGAUAAAGUGCAAGCCUUUACAAAAUGUUGUCAAGAUGCAGGCAUUCUGAUGGUGGUAAAAUGUCAGGAGGAAAAUACAGCACUGAAAAAAUGUCUCACUGCCUAUUCCGGUCUGCUGAUGAGUGAACCUUCACCCAAGACCAGCAGAAAUGUAGCUGUGUGCAUCUUUCAGGAAUAUUUACUUGAAAUUGAGAACGUAGUCCAGGAGGAGGAUAUUAUACUUUAUGACCAUUAUCAUUAUAGAAAAAUGCCAUUCUGGAACCUGCUUCUAAAAUGUUAUUAGAGGCCAUUUGCCCAUGUGCAGCGGAGAAAAUGGCAGCCGCGCCAACAUACGGAGGCCCAAACUGGCAAAAAAACCCAGUAAAAUGGGCCAUGGCGGUGCUGACAGAGGCAAGCAGGGGAGGGGAAACCUUCGCGGACCACUCUGCAGCCUAGAGGAAGCCCCCCCCGGGGCUAAAG